CUGGGGAAUCGUUGGAAGUGACGGAUACGAAGUGGACAGUGAUUUCCGAAAGUUCCUGUUUAGCCCGAGAUUACUGCACAAGCGGAAAGAGCCGAGAUCUGAGUGGCAGCGCCGGGAGGGAGAACCGAACAGUGUCGGAGAUUGCCGAGCCCGGGAUAUUAGGAGCCGAGCGCCGGAUGAGAGUUCCGAGACUUGGGGACAGGGAGCGGCGGAGAUUGCCGAGCGGAUACGGAAACGUGUCGGGAGCGGAUUAGAGGAGAGAGAAAGUUUGGGGAGCGGAGAAGAGAGAAGAUUGAGGAGAAGAGAAAAGCAGGGGGUGUGUCCAUGUCUCAGUUGGAUGAUGAGGACUCGGGGCAGGAGCCAAUCACUUCCUCUGCAGAUUUCCCGGGGGAGGAGCUGGAGGUUUCGGCUGUGGCUGAGACAUUUGCUCGUGGGUGUGACUGUGUCUCCAUCUCUUCCUUCCCUGGGGAGAGGCUGAUACCUGGUAAAGAGGACACCGCCUCCCUUGUUUCCACGGCAACUCUGGUUCCCGAAUGCAUCUACUUCCCCCCCUCAGGGUAUCAGCUGGUGCCAGAGCAGGAGGUGACAGAGCAGAAGUUGGCCCUGCAGAGCGUCACGGAGAGACUGGAGAGGGUGAUGCGGGAGAAGGAAACCUUGCAGGACGCUCUGCGAUGCAGCUCAGACGAAUGUGCAACCCAGGUGCAGGUCUUGCUGGACCAGAUAAAGAGCUCAGAGGAACUUCUGCAGAACCUUCAGAGAACCUUGACGGACACCCAGCAGAAGACAGCAAGACAAAUGGCAACACUAACUGCCACUUUCAAUCGCCUGUGCCAAGAGGUCAAUUGCCUGAAUGAGGAGAAUGAAAAGCUGAGGGCCCUGAGCUCUGCAACUGCCCCCGAGGAGCAGAGAGUGACCGUGGAACCUUCCCCCACACAGAGGGCAGCACAGCACCGACAGGAGAGACUUUGUAUAGAGAUUGUGUCUCUGCAGGAGGAACUGAAGCUGGAACAGCAGCUCAAGAGGGACCUUGAGGAGCAACUCCGGAUGGAGAAGGAAACGCACACAGAGGAGAGAGAGAUCAUGGAAGCCACUCUCUCCAGUCUGAGGACCGAAAUGGAGCGGAUUCAGCAGGAGAGGAGGCAGAGUGAGUUGCAGCUGCAGGAGUCAGAGAGCCAAGUGCAGAAGCUGUGGGAGUCUAUGGGGGAGCACGAGAAGCUCUUCCAACAGGAGAAGGAAGGGAAGAUUUGCCUCCAGGCUGCACUGACUGAGGAGAAGACUAAGGUUUCCAGGCUGCAGACAGAGUUGGGCACCAGUGAGGAGGUGCAGAGGGACUUUGUGCGUCUGUCCCAGGCACUGCAGGUGAGCUUGGAGAAGAUUCGCCAGGCAGACUCUAUGGAAGACGUGUUUGCCAUUUUGGAAGGGACUCGACUGACCGAUAUAAACCAGCUGCAGGAAUCCUGAAUUGACUCACUGCUGAGAUUGGACUGUACAUUGUGUACAUAGGCCGGCGUGAAUAUAACUCGAAUUAACAUUUGCACUAUAGGAAGGUUGGCGCUAACACCAAUCUGAUACAAUCGGUGGCAGAACUUGGUUUGGGUGGGUGGGGGGGCUGCUAACUGCCAUGGGAAGUCCCAUUAGGAUCCUGUGUAGUAGUGGGGGUAGUGGGACCCUCUGACCAUGAAAAGGCAGGAACACUACAAUCCCAGCAUUCCACGGGGCAGCCGGCCAGUAGAUUUGCAUCUCAUUAGAAUGACUAAUUGACUAACAAGCUGUUACAUUUUAUUAAAAGUCUAUUUUAUAGAA